AUGGUCCUUCUUGCCUUAUUCCUUCUUUUAGCAGACAGCUUGGUCAACGCAUCUUGCGAGUGCGGAUUUUAUAUGAACGACACGAAAGACUACUUCACACAUGUUAUAUACAACAACUUCAGCGCAUUAGCACCGUCAAAGAAACUCAGUACGAAUCCAGCUUUUACAAAUGACUGGGCGGUUCAGGACUGGGGUAUUCCUCCGAAAGGCUGGGUAAAGCCUUUGGGGAUCGAUAACGCGGAAGACAAUGUCUUCUUGCGUAACGGCAAUCUCGUACUGCGACAACAGGGGUAUUCAAAAGCGCAAGCUUUGAAGAAAAGUAAAGUGAGCGUGGCUUCCAUUGCUAGCCAGAGGGGCGACAUUAUCCAUGGAAGUUUUCGGGUCGAGCUUAAAAUGGAAAAUGCAAACGGUGGAAGUUGUGGCGCAUUCUUUUGGUAUCACGUCAUUGCCAAUGCCACGACAGUGAUUCCAUUUCGUGGCGACAAUCUGCUGAACUUGUUCCAACGGCAUCGGUUUGAUUGGACCAAGGAGGAGUUGAGAUUCUACCAGAACUCAACACUAGUGCAUGCAAAUGCUUUUCAGAUCCCAGAUGCUCCUGGCCACGCAUACUUGAACGUUUGGGCAGAUGGAGGGGCGUGGAGUGGUGCACCAAGUACGACCGAUGUAUUUUUGACCAUCAAGUUGAUCGCGAUUUACCAUAAUACAUCCGCGAGUGAUCAAGGGCUGGACAAAGUAUUCAACGAGCGGUGCAAGAAGGCGGGAGGCCCAUCGAAUGUAACGAUAUGCCUUGAUACGAGUGUUGAAAGCGGCGUGGUAGACCCCUCAUCGUCAGGAUCAGCGGUGGUCCCGUUGCAGCUUUGGAUUCUUUCGUUGUUAUGCGUAGCCUUUGCCAUUGUUGUCUCAGCAGUGUGA